UAUAGGAGGGAGUGAAAGAGAUGGGGGUGGCAUUUUCUUCCAGGAGAGUUGUGGGGAGAUGACCUAACAUAAGCGCGCCCCUACUCCGCACGGGCGAGAAGGGCAAAGCUGGAGUGAACCGAGCUGAGCCUGGGCCGCCCAGCCCUGGAGGCUGGAGGCGCUGCGGUCGGGAAGCGCUCGGAGGAUGGAGCCCUUUUCCCGUUCAGAGUCUGUCAUCUGAACCAUGAGGAUCUGGUGGCUUCUGCUUGCCAUUGAAAUCUGCACAGGGAACAUAAACUCACAGGACACAUGCAGGCAAGGGCACCCUGGCAUCCCUGGGAACCCCGGUCACAAUGGUCUGCCUGGAAGAGAUGGGCGAGACGGAGUGAAGGGUGACAGGGGAUGCAGGUACUCAUCUGGAGAACCAGGACGUCCCGGCAGCCCGGGGAAGGAUGGGACAAGUGGAGAGAAGGGAGAACGAGGAGCAGAUGGAAAAGUUGAAGCAAAAGGCAUCAAAGGUGAUCAAGGCUCAAGAGGAUCCCCAGGAAAACAUGGCCCCAAGGGGCUUGCAGGGCCCAUGGGAGAGAAAGGCCUCCGAGGAGAGACUGGGCCUCAGGGGCAGAAGGGGAAUAAGGGUGACGUGGGUCCCACUGGUCCUGAGGGGCCAAGGGGCAACAUUGGGCCUUUGGACCCAACUGGUUUACCGGGCCCCAUGGGCCCUAUUGGAAAGCCUGGUCCCAAGGGAGAAGCUGGACCCAUGGGGCUCCAGGGUGAGCCAGGAGUCCGGGGAAUAAGAGGCUGGAAAGGAGAUCGAGGAGAGAAGGGGAAAAUUGGUGAGACUCUAGUCUUGCCAAAAAGUGCUUUCACUGUGGGGCUCACGGUGCUGAGCAAGUUUCCUUCUUCAGAUGUGCCCAUUAAAUUUGAUAAGAUCCUGUAUAACGAAUUCAACCAUUAUGAUAUAGCAACGGGGAAAUUCACGUGCCACAUUGCUGGGGUCUAUUACUUCACCUACCACAUCACUGUUUUCUCCAGGAAUGUUCAGGUGUCUUUGGUCAAAAAUGGAGUAAAAAUACUGCACACCAAAGACGCUUACACGAGCUCUGAGGACCAGGCCUGUGGCGGCAUUGUCCUGCAGCUGAAGCUCGGGGAUGAGGUGUGGCUGCAGGUGACAGGAGGAGAACGGUUCAACGGCUUGUUUGCUGAUGAGGACGAUGACACAACUUUCACAGGGUUCCUUCUGUUCAGCAGCCCGUGACAGAGGAGAGUUUACAAAUCCGCCACACCAUCCAUCAGAACCAGCUUGGGAUGAGCUUAUUCAGAUGGUUUUACUUUACUAAUUCCUCCAAUUAUUACAAUAAUCAUGAAAAGGUGAAAAUGGAAAAGUUAUUCCCAAAACUGAUUCUGUGUAACUUACUAUUUUUCCAGGAGUAAAUAUUUAAGAUAGCUGCAUGGUUUAUUCUAAUUUAUUUCCCAUUUCUUAUUCCUAUUAUCUGAAGAAUCCUUUGCCUGUGCGUUUCUUGUGGGAAGAGUGUUUUGAUAUCAAUUUUAGUGCUCUAAGGAGUCAUAUGAAGAUGUAUCCCUCAUCUGUGUUUCUGAGGACAUUAAGGGGAAAGUAAAGGGAAAUGUUUAUUCCAUUUAGUACUAGUAACAGCUUUAGGCUGGUGAUGCUGUCACACUCCAGAAAGCUGUAGACACUGCUCAUUUUGUCUUUUUUAAAAAAAUGUAUUUUUAAGUUCUGGAAUACAUAUGCAGAACGUGCAGGUUUGUUACAUAAAAAUGUGCUGUGGUGGUUUGCUGCAUCUAUCAACCCAUCACCUAGGUAUUAAGCCCUGCAUGCAUUAGCUAUUUGUCCUGGUGCUCUCCCUCCCAUUUUGCUCAUUUUCUAACCUAGGUUUUAAUCACCGUUCUAUCCAACAAAUCAUUGUUUGAUCAUUAUUUGCCACACAUGAAUCUCUACUUGUUUUCUAGGACUGCCCUAAUAAAGUACACAAACUGGGAGUCUUUAAACAACAGAAA